UAGAGACACUCACACUCAGAGACACUCACACUCCGCGCUGGGGAUGGGGGACGGCUACCAGUUCCCUGUGGCCCUUCAGUGGGAUUUGGGGCCCGAGAAGCUGAAACAGAUGAAGAACAAGUUAAUGGUUUAUUUCGGGAGCAAAAAGAAAUCGAAUGGAGGAGAGUGUGUGAUAAAAGACAUGGAGUGCACUCAGGGAUAUGUACUAAUAUACUUCAACCAGGAGACAGUACGAGAACAGGUGCUGCAGAAGACGAACCAUGAGGUCACAAUAUCAGGCAUAACAUUGAAGUUAAAGGUCCAGCGAGCGGACGCCGUGAGCAGGGCUGAGCAGGAAAUUAAUGCUGAUGCUAUAUCGACUGACAAUAUUCAAAUCCCAGAUACACAGGGACUUACUCCAGGAGAAGAUAAUAAGUCACAGGGGAGGUGCUUGUUGGUUCUGGUAGAAAAUCUCCCAGAGAAGUUCUCAUUGGAUAUGCUGAACCUCCUGCUGGAGAACGUCACUGAGAAGGAAGAGGGGCGAGAUUUCCAUGUGGAGAUGGUCCCUGAGAUAAAGGCUGCUGUUAUCACCUUCUCAUGUUCCAUCGAAAUCUCUAGAUUUGUUAAGAAAUUCUCCAGUAAUUUGAGGGUGAAUCAGAUGAAACUGUCAGCAAACGUACUGGAAGAAACAAAGAGUAUCAGGGCGGAGGGUUUGCCCCCCAAAACAUCCGAGGAUCACAUCAUUCUGUACUUUGAGAGCCCAAAACACGGAGGUGGAGAGGUGCAGGAGACCGUGCUGCUUGCAGAGGAAGACGCUGCGCUCAUCACAUUUCAGGAUGUGCGAGUUACCAGAAGAGUUUUGGCACAGAAACACGUGUUUGGGAAGACUCCAAUCUCUGUAUACCCGUACUAUGUGUCACUGAGUGUUACACUGUAUGGAAAGAAUGGGCCGUCUGUCAGUAUACCUGCACCCCUGGAGAUCCCUGUAAGUCCAUAUAUCCUGGAAUUCAUCCUGAACGAUGCCCAGAGAAAACUCAAUAUAGAGGAAAAGAUGGCAGUUCUUUACUGUGAGGUCGUUUGGCCAGAUGUCCAAAGCCCAAACCUCGUUAUUAAACUGGGUAUCUCCAGCGAUAUCUCUACACAUCUCAGGACUCUGGCAAAGAUAGCCCCAACCUGGAGAGACAAGGUUUCUGCCGAGUUCUCACUGCUUAUUUCAAAGUACAAAGUCGCAGAGUAUAAGGUAACGGCGUCCGUUUGGGAAGCCAUCAAACAAGACAUCGGCAGCUCUGCUUAUACUGCAGUUUUCAUCAAACCAAACUUGGCCAAAGAGAAGGUUUUCCUUGCAGGGUUUUCAAAGGAUGUUGUCCAGGUAGAACCUCUAAUCGGGAAACUCAUCGACAAUACCACUCGUAGGAUCGAUAGAGAAAGGCAAAGUGUGACAAUAUCUGAGCCACUAGAUCCAGCGUUCUAUGAAAUAAUGUCUAGAAAUGGUCUUUUGAAGAACAUACAAGUGAUCUCUCCAGAACUGAAGUUGAAUUAUGAUGCAAAAUCAAAGAAUUUACAAUAUAAUGGAUUGAAAGAGGAGGUGCGUAACGCCAAAUCUGAAAUAAUUAACAUAAAGAAUCAGCUGAAAUCUAAAUUCAUUGCCUUUGAUCCCCAUAUCUUCGAGUUCCUCAAAUCUGCUGAUAGCAAAGAGAUGUCCUGUCUCCUCUUCAUACGUCACAAUAUUCAGGCCAUGUUUGAGAGCCAAGGUGACACCAUUAAACUAACUGGUUAUUCCACAAAGGAUCUGUCAGACGCAGAGAAAUGUAUGAAACAAGAGUUAGUUUGUAAGAAAGUUGUUGUUAAUGAUAAAAGUAUAAUAAAACACACAGAGUGGAAAACUCUUCACAAAUACUUGCACGAAGUUUUUAAUCCUGAAAGGUGUACGUUUCUGAUGGAGAUAUUUCCUCCAGGAGCAGAGAGCGAGCUAGUUAUCUCCGGCCUCUCCUCAGUAGUAGAAAAUAUUUACGAACAAGUUGAUAAUUUUGUUGAGGAAAACACUCCAUUGGAGAAGACUAUUAAUGUCAAAUCUAUGGCUGUUUCACAAUUUAUCAAGGAUGAAAGGGCAUCACUUUGGGGGGAUGUAAAAAAGAUGAAUGUGAAAUUUGUAAUAAAUCAAAGAACAAUCACAUUGAAUGGGUCAAAGUCGUCCAUACUGAAGGCAGCUGCCCAGAUAGAUAUGUUUCUGUCAAAACUGUUUACGGACACUCUGCGCAUCGAUAAACCCGGAGCGAAGGCAUUCUGUAUGGAUAAUGAAGACGUGUAUGUCAACACAGCAAAAAGCAAAUUUAACUGCAUCAUUUCUUUUCAAAAAGAAAAGGAAAGCAGCAUCACUUCCGAAGAAAUUAAUCUCGAUAAACCUCACUUCCAAAUAACUGUCUCAGGUGGAGUCACCGUAGCGGUGUAUAAAGGUGACCUGUGCCGUCACAGCGUCGAUGUCAUUGUAAAUGCAGCAAAUGAAGAUCUGAAGCACGUGGGGGGGCUGGCAUUGGCUUUAUUAAGAGCAGCUGGACCAAAACUACAAUCUGAUUGUGACCGUAUUGUUAUGAAGGAGGGAACGUUAUCGCCUGGUGAUUCGGUAAUAACAGACGCUGGUAACCUGCCCUGUAAACAUGUCGUACAUACGGUAGGGCCCAGGUGGGAUCCUUCAUCGCAGUCAAGAUGUAAGCGACUCCUCCGGAGAGCGAUAACUAGCAGCUUAGAGCUUGCGGCAGAGAAUGGUCACAACUCCAUCGCUAUCCCAGCCGUCAGCGCAGGGAUCUUUGGGUUCCCUGUAAAACAAAGCGUGGAAACUAUAGUGGAAUCUGUUCGAGAGUAUUUGGAGAGUCAUGGUCACAAAAGCAGUUUAAACAGGAUUCAUCUCGUGGACAAAAAUGAUGACAUCAUUAAACAUUUUACUGCUGCUUUAAAAGAUGAAUUUGGAGAUCAGAAACCAAAUAUCUUUCCAAAGCGCAGCAAGGAAGGUGACGGAAUGAGUCGUCCCUCGUUAACUACAGAACAAACAAGCAAAAAUAACAGUCAUUUCACCACCAAGGAGGGUCUGACCGUCAGAUUAAUAAAAGGAAACAUUCAGGAUGCAACAACUGAUGUGAUUGUGAACAGCGUGAGCACAGAUCUGGACCUGAGUAAUGGAGGAGCGAGCAGGGCGCUCUUUCAUAAGGCUGGGACGAGUCUACAGGACGAUCUGUAUAAAGUGGGCAAAGGAACUCAGGUGGCAGAAGGCUCUGUCUUUGUUACUGAUGGUGGUAAUCUCUCCUGUUCGAAUGUCAUACAUAUCGUGGCUCCAGCGUGGGACGCAAAGAGUAGUUCAUCAGAAAAGUUAUUGCUGCAGAUUAUAAACAAGUGCCUGAAUACCUCGGAGAACCACAAAGGUCAAUCCAUUUCGUUCCCGGCCAUUGGAACAGGAGCGCUCGGGUUCCCCAAAGACAAGGUUGCGACAUUGAUGUUUGAUGAGAUAAUCCGUUUCAGCAGCAGCAAUAUAGCUCAGUAUCUUCAGGAAGUCCACGUGGUUUUACAUCCAAGUGACACAGGUUGUAUUACGGCUUUCUCUAGUGAACUCAGCCAGAGGGCACAGUCUCAGCCUCAGACCAAGCCCAGUACCAAAGCCAAUCCAUCGCAGGGCCCAGCUUUCUUUGGGACGGUCACUUCCCCGGCUCUCGGUGUUCAUAAGAUGAAGAUUGGAUCCAUUCUGUACCAAGUAAAGACAGGAGAUAUAACCAAGGAAGAUACCGACAUCAUCGUUAAUUCAUCCAAUCGAACCUUCAAUCUCAAUGCAGGAGUCUCCAAAGCCAUAAUGGAGGCUGCGGGUCAGAGUGUUCAAGAUGAAUGUUCGACACUCGGAUCUCAGCCUCACAAAGGGUAUAUCAUCACACAGGCUGGAAACCUGCUUUGUAAGAAAAUAUUUCAUGUAUAUAUCUCAAGCAAUACCGUAGACGAGAUCAAGAAGUGCGUGAAGGAAGCGCUGCAGGAGUGCGACAAACUGCUGGUCAAAUCUAUAGCCUUUCCUGCUCUAGGCACAGGUGGAGCGAAUUUGUCUUCUUCUGAUGUUGCUGAGGCCAUGUUAGAAGCGCUGGCAAGUUUCGCUAAAUCUGCCGUUUCCAUAAAGAAAGUGAAAGUUGUUAUUUUCCAGCAGAACAUGUUAAACGAUUUCCAUACAAGUAUGAAAAAAAUGGAGGGAAGUAAUCCCAAAAAAACAUGGUUACGCAGCACUCUCGAGUCCAUCGUGAACUAUUUCACACCAAACACUGAAGACUAUUUAGAUGAAGAGAUCUUUGAACUGAAGGAAGACAUUGACCCAGCUAUAUUUCAUGUCUGUGGAGAGAGCAAGGAACGUGUAAAGGACACUGUAGCUUGGCUUCGAGGACUGAUAUUGAAAGAACAGUAUGAGCAAAUUAUCAAGGAUGAUUGGAUUAAGGAUUUUGGAAGGCAGGAGCUCGAGAAGUUGCGUGAUCUUCAGAAGAAAUUCCAUGUGACUGUUUCUUUUGCUCUCCAUGAUUCCAAAGUCAUCGUGGCUGGUCUCACCAGGGACGUUUUAAGAAUGAGCAAUGAGAUCCAAACCUUGAUAAACGAUGUGCGGGAUAAGAAAAGCAGAGAGCGUGAGGCACAACUCUACGGUAACUUGGUGGAGUGGAGAUACCACGAUGGCACCAAAUUUAUACCAUUUGACAUCAUGAUGAACAUGGAGCUGGAAAAAGCCAAGGUGCAGAACCAGCAAAGUCCUACGGUUGACAUCAGGGGAGUAAAACACACUGUGAAUAUGGAGCUAAAAUCUGCAAGUGAUGGCAAGGGGAACACAGUGAAGAUCGAAAGAGUUUCAAAAAAUGAGCAAUCCCUAAAGUUACCUUCUCACUGGGCCCCGAUGGACAAUGAUCAGGUUAAGGUGAUACAGCUGAAUUUUGGAUGUCAAGAAUACAUGGACGUCCAGGGGCAGUUUGCAAAAACCUGUCAAAUGAAAAUAAUUAAGAUUGAGAGAAUACAGAACCAGCAUCUCUGGCUAAACUACCAGAUAAAGAAGCAGAGUAUUGAUGCCAAGAACGGUACCACGAAUAAUGAAAAGCAGUUGUUCCACGGGACAGCCCUUGAUAAAUUAAAAACUGUCAAUCAUAACGGAUUUAAUCGGAGCUACGCUGGAAUGAACGCGGCAUGCUAUGGAAAUGGAACGUAUUUUGCGGUAGCCGCCAAUUACUCUGCUCAUGAUACAUACUCCAAACCGGAUGGAAAUGGUUAUAAAUACAUGUACCUGGCACAGGUCAUCACUGGGAUUACUUGUCGAGGACAAUCAGGCUUGGUCGCCCCUCCACCCAAAAAUCCUUCAAAUCCAACAGAUCUACAUGACAGCCUAACAGAUAAUGUCACCAAUCCCUCAAUGUACGUGAUCUUCAACGAUAUCCAGGCGUAUCCCGAAUAUCUCAUCACCUUCUCAAAAUAAUGUGACAUUAAUAUACAGAAUGCGCCAAUAUAACUCCCCUAGUUGCAGGAAAAUAUUA